AUGGAAACUAAAGUGCAAAAACAAAUUAUUGACUAUUUUUCAACAUUCGAAGAGUUUCAUAAUACAUCAAAAGCGUGUUUGAAAGCUUGCCAAAACUGCGCAAUAUCUAUUAAUAAACUAGUUCGGCGUUGUAACAACAUUAAACACGCUGAAUUAUCGGGUACGCCAUUGGAUCGAUUUGAUGAUCUUCAAAACAGACUGUCUACAGCUUUAAAUAACCUCAUUUCAGAAGAAAUUCAAGAAAUUAGAAAUCAAGCAUUGAUUAUAGAACCAUUGUUUGAAAAAUUGUGUCACAAAUGCAACAUUCUUAAAGACAACUGCAGGGACAUUGAUUUUACAGAACUGACCCCACUUGUUAGAGGAACUCCACUUCAGCCUCCUUUGAAGCAAGUGUUGCAAUUUGUUGAUGAUUCCGUUACAUAUGGAAGUCUCUUUGGUGCACUCAUAGAGUCAACUUUGAACAUUUUUGCAUUAAAAGGUUCCAAUAAUCGGGGACCAUCUGAGGAUGAGCUGACUGUUCGGAGGGCUGGUGGAGUUUGGAGUGAGGACAAAGCUGCUGAAAUGGCCCUGAGACAUAUAGAAAUGGCAGAAACAAGCAGCCUUAGAAAA